ACAUUUAGUCGUCAUUCUCAUCUUCGCACGCGCUGAAGUAUUACGGAAUUUGGCAAAUUCGGUCAAUUCAUUGAAUAAAUGGUGGCAAUCGUGAAGGAUUACAAAUUACAUAAAUAAAUUGCGUGAUGACAGACUACAGUGAAAUUGUGAAAUUUAUUAUGAUAUCGUGACCUUCUCGUGGGAUAAGAAUCAAGUACAACUUAUUACAAAUAAUCUCCAAGGAUGAGUGCUUUUAGAAAAUUGAAACUCGUGACGUCACAGUAUCCCGUUCUGCGAGGGAUGAUUGCGUACAGCGUCAUCUGGCCGACAGGUUCACUAAUUCAGCAGGCAAUAGCGGGAAAGCGAUGGGAAACAUUUGACUUCAAGAAAUGUCUUCACUUCUCGCUGUACGGAUCUCUAUUUGUGGCUCCAACGCUGUACAUGUGGGUGCGCUUCUCAUCUCGUCUGUGGCCAGCGACGAAUCUGCGUGCAGGCAUAAAGAAGGCAUUGAUUGAGCAGGUCACUUACGGUCCCAUGGCCAUGACCAGCUUCUUCCUCUUCAUGCCACUGCUCGAGGGCCGAACGCUGCAGCAGGCGAUAGAAGAAGUGCGCGUGAAAGUGCCUCAAACGUGGAAAGUUGCCAUUUGCUUCUGGCCAAUUUUCCAAACCAUCAACUUUUCCUAUAUUCCUGAGCGCAAUCGCGUGCCAUUUGUCGCCACCGGAAGUCUGCUGUGGACCAUCUUUCUCGCCUACAUGAAUCAAUGCGAAAUGGAGAAGCUGAAAGCGAAGAAACUGGCCAAAGAGAAACUCACCGCCAAAACACAAGAGAAUCUUUCGAAUUAGAAAAAUAUUGGAUGCUGUAUAAAUUAUUGUGUGGAUGUUUAGGUGAAAUUUAAUGAAAUCUGUAGUAUAUCUUAUUAUACAAUCGGGUGAAUAAGAACACAUUGUGAUUACCAAGAUUAGACAGAAAAGUCUUAUUUUUGACAAGAUAAACAGAGGAUUUCCUUACAUAAGCAUUGUGAUAUCUUUAUUAUGAACUUGCCAUCAUAUCAAUGAGAUCAUAAACGGGCGGAACUAUAGCCAUUAUUACUAAAUAAGUCGAAUUCUUCAGGGGAAGAAUCUUGAUUUUACGAUUCUAUUUAUUCUAUGAACAUUUGAAUGGUUUUACGUGGAUCUUGAUUUUUUUGUGCAACUAUAAAAUAAUACUGAAUCAAAUACUACAAAUUUUAUAACGAACAUUCUACGUGAAAUCUGCAUCUAUUUUAUUAUUUACAGUCCAAUUUGCAUAAACAACCAUUUUCCGAAAAUAUACAAAAAUUGAUAUUACACAAAGAAACAAAAAGUUCUUAGAGAUGCUCGAUAAGACUACUCUAGAAUUUAUCUAACUCCAAUUCGUAGAAUGCAUAACAAUCUUUAGGAUCAGGACAGAGUCAGCCACUACUUUCUGCUUUUCCCACAUUUCCGCUUGAUAUAAAAUUUAAGUGUGUGUCGUGUUUAAGGAAGAAUAGCAUUUUAAUUGUGAUCGCCAAGGGAAAUUGUAAACUGCAUGUUGUUCUCGAUGGCCUGAGAAGCGUCCUGGGGCAU